CGAAACAUAAACAUUAUAGUAUCUCGCGGCAGAUCAGUGGGUGAUCGCAAAGUCGCCGCGGCGAACGGAGCGUGUGGCGCCAUCCGACGGGCGCGCGCCGCACCUCGACGCGGCGCCGCCACGCCGCGGCGAGAGGCCGUCGCGAAAAGUAUUGAAUCGAUGACGUCACAAAAGACGGGGCCAGUGGAAGGAGUGGAGACGGGGUGGACGGAGUAGUCGCGUUUGUGCGGAAAAAAUGUCUGGCUACCGGGAUUUAUCGUCUACGUGAACGCGCGCGCGGCGCAAACCACACUCGGCGAUCAGCGACGCGUGAGGGCGAGCGGCGCUGGGCGCGCGGACACCCGGCACGUCGGACAACACCGCGGAGUUGGGCCGCUCCGGGGAGCGAACGACGCAAAGUGCGCGCGUGCAUACGUGCGUGCAUACGCGCCUCCUGCCCGCCGGCACGUGCACGGGGCGAAAAACACGGGCCCUCUCCCCCGGCCCCGUCGGCGCCCGUCGGUUGCCGCUCGCGCGCGCGCGACGGCUAUGACGGCGUUCGAUCGCGGCGCGUAGUCGCGUGAGAAAAACAAGACGAGCGAGAGGCGUAUCGCGCGCGAGCGGAGGUGCAUCUGGGUGGAUCGACGCCGCACAGGAGUGCACACGCUGCCCCCAAGCCGAACGGGAUCUGACGAGGAUUCGCUGCUGGACGAGCGGGGUCGGGACCGGCGGCGCGGAGGGAACGAGUCGCGGGGGAUCCAAACGAGAAUGGGGAUCGCCAAGGGGGAAUGAUAGGAUGCAAGAGGGCAAUACCGCCGUUGCGCUAGCGAUGGUGACCCCCGGAUACGACCAGGACCCUGCGAGUGGGGUCGCCGACUAUACGACUCAUCAGGACCAGGCCCAGUUCGAGGCGGACAAGAGGGCCGUGUACAAGCACCCGCUCUUCCCGCUGCUGGCGUUACUCUUUGAAAGAUGCGAACAGGCGACCCAGAGCUCGGACAACUCCACGUCCGAAAGCUUCAACAUGGAUAUACAGGCUUUCGUCCAGCACCAAGAAAGAGACCGAAAGCCCUUCCUGAUCAAUGACCCCGAGAUUGACGGUUUGAUGAUCAAGGCGAUACAAGUGCUUCGCAUCCACCUCCUGGAGCUGGAGAAGGUGCAGGAGCUGUGCAAGGACUUCUGCAACAGGUACAUCACGUGUCUCAAAGGCAAGAUGCAGAGCGAGAACCUUCUGCGCAGCGACUACAGCCACCACGGGCACGACAUGGGCCCGUCGAGCGGGAGCAACGGCAGCAGUCCGUUGCAGGUGCUGUCAUCUACAGGCAAUGAUGUUGAGUCGGGAGCUAACGGAUUCAGAGUGAGCCGAGGGGACGUCGCCGUGGCGGAGAACGACAGCGCGAAUCCGCACGCGCGCGAAGAGAGCGUUAAUCACGACCAACUGUCGUCGUCGGUCCGACCGUCUUCCGCCGUCCAGCGCUCGGGCAAAUCCACUAGCCAGGACCACGACGACCCGCUCUCGCCGUCCACGGUGCACGGAAGCACGCCUCUCUCGCAGAUCGGGGCGCAUGGAUGCGCCCCGGUUAACGACAUGUAUCUCGGCCAAGACAUUACAGUUGCGGGCUCGCCUUCUCCCGUGGCGAGCGAGGACGAGGAGGAGAGCGCCGGCAACAACACGGCCUCGAAUCACGCUGGGAAUCACAGGAGUAAUCACGGUAGUGCUCGAAAGGGACGCCAGAAGCGAGGCGUCUUACCCAAACACGCAACCAGCAUCAUGCGAACGUGGCUCUUUCAGCAUUUAGUACAUCCGUAUCCGACCGAGGAUGAGAAGCGCCAGAUUGCCAGCCAGACGAAUCUGACGCUGUUGCAAGUGAACAAUUGGUUCAUCAACGCCCGCCGACGGAUCCUGCAGCCCAUGCUGGACGGCGCGGGCACGGACGCGGCGUCGCGCGCGGGCAAGCGUCACAAGCCCUCGAAGCACGCCGCGCAGCAACAGGCGGCCCAGCAACAGCAGGCGGGCGGCUGGCAGUCCGAGGAUUCGGCGAGUGAUUCGGGUUCUAGCGACGGUGAGGGAGGUGCCGCUAGAUCGAAAGACGGUAACGAUAGCGAUGAGGAUGAUCUUCACUGACCUCUGUCGAUCACCGAAACGUCAACCUCUUUACGGUACCUUCAAAUCCAGUUGCUCAUUACAGUAUUAAGGUAUUCGGGAAUAGAUAUCGCUUUAACUGUCAAAUACGUAAUUAAUCUUGUGAAAGUUAAGAAUAAGCGGGUAGUUAUCACGCUCUCUGAUCAUUCGAUACUUUGACUGUUCACCGGCUACCCGUCUGCUUUUCUACGACAGCUGAUUUAGAUUUUUCAUCUCGGCUCAUAAAUUAUCCAAGUGUGAACGGGCUCGGAGACGAGAACUGAGAUUGAAUAGGUACUAGAAAGAGCAGCUUACUUAUAAGUACAUCCGACUCGAGCGAAAAUAUAUAUACGUUUGCAUUACGCUACGGGAAAUGUUAUUUAUUUUUCGACGACAAAGUUUUAAGUGAAUCGCGCACAAGUAAAGGUAAAUCUGAGCUUUCUUUAGAAUCGCGAUCUUUUGUUAGCUUAAUCUUACGUCGCCUCUAACAAACGUACGUCCCUGAUGAUACUAUUAUUUAUAACACAUACAUACUGUAAUUACAAACGUAUGCAAAAGAUAUAAGAUAUUGAUUAUUUCAAAUAUAAUCACAUUAUAUUAUAUAUAUUAUAUUGUAUAGUUAUAUGUA